CGAUUUGAUUGUUGUUUUGGAUCAAGGUGAUGCUGUAGCUCAACAUGUCGGAGGACCAACAGAGGAAAUUUUCGAAGAGGAACCAUUUGAAAUUCCAGAAACUAGCUUUGAAACUAAUGAUGCUACUGCUGAAUUAGAACACGAAAUCAUGUCACCAUUGACUAGAAAUACUGUUCCAACAGGUGGUAUUGCAGUUCACAGAUUAAUCAUGUCAAGAUCUCCAUUCUUCUCAAGAAUGUUUGUUACUUCUGGUAUGAUGGAAUCAAAGGAAAGAGUUGUUCACUUGACCGAUUAUUCCACUGAAGUUAUGCUUGAAGUCUUGAGCUAUUUGUACACUGAUACUAUUAGACUUUCACCAAGAAAUUGUCUUGGUAUUUUAGUUUAUUGUAUCAUGUUGGAUUUGGUUGAUAUGGCUAGUGUUUGUAGAAGAAUGGUCGUUUCACUUUUGGAAGAUUCUAUUGUUUGGUCUGUUAUUGACAUUGCCAUGCUCUAUAAUGACAAGACUUUGGAAUCUGAAUGUGAACAUUACAUUUUAAAUAAUUUCGAAAAGCUUCGUGGUGCUGCUGGUUUCUUGAAUUUACCAGAACUGACCAGAAUUAAGAUUAAACAAUUAUAUGAAAAGAAAGCUGAAAAGAAAUCUAAGAAAUAA